AUGAAGUUGAUCGUUCUUUCUAUUGCACUUCUCGCAGUAUAUGUUAGCUGCAACAAUGGCAUGGAUCUUCAGAAUCUCGGACAAGCUGGAAAACGUUUCUUUGCUGAUAUGACAAAGAAAGCCAUGGGAGUGCCAUCAUUGAAACCCGAAAACUUGGCUGCUCAAUCGUUCUUCCGUACAUUCCUCGAUAAAUAUACUCGCCUGGAUGAUAACGUUAAACAGGAUAUGAUGAAGCAUGUACCUGCUGCUACAAAAAUCUUUAACAUGGCUGCUCAAAAGUUCAAUGUAAAUCCCGAAGAUGCCUUCAAGAUCUUGUCCAGCUUCUUCAUGAACAUCCAGAACGGAGCUGGAGCUGGCUUGGCUCAACAAGGUCUCAAAAUGGCCGGCAAAAUGUUCCAAAAAACAAAUGCAUAA